GGGGCAAGAGGUCACAUGACUUCCGGAAAGACAACUCUUAUCAUUUUUACAAAAUAAAACAAAGUUCAAGCAUACAUUAAACACUCUUCAAAAAGGACAAAACAAUAAUAAGGGACCUUUGAGCGUCAGCUACAUAAGGUAACUAUUACAGGUGACUUUUGUAAAUGUUAGAUGUUACAUAUAGCCUAUAUUGCAGCUAAACAACAAUGCAGUUCAUAGCUUUGACAUGACCUGUUAUGAACAAUAAUAUUGCCUAUAGUUUUGUGGUAACGUUCACGGGUUAGAGUCUUAGGCUUACAACUCACAGCAGCAGUAUGCCUACUGUACACUAUUGUCAUUAGUGGCGUGAACGUUACCACAAAACUAUAUAUAUAUUAUUGUUCAUAACAGGUAAUGUCAAAGCUAUGAACUGCAUUGUUGUUUAGCUGCAAUAUAGGCUAUAUGUAACAUCUAACAUUUACAAAAGUCACCUGUAAUAGUUACCUUAUUUAGGACUAGAUGCCUUCAUAGCUAUACAAAAUUGGUAAUAACACAAUAUUAAAACAAUAUAAUUAAAGGUAGUUUAACUUAAUUUAAAAACAUGGAAUAUGUAAAAUUACAUAGUUGGUUAAUCAGGAGCACAUUUUAACUAUGACGAUUACAUAAUAGGGCAACAUUAGAACUUUGCCCUAUUAUGUAAUAAUAAAAUGUAAAGCAAGCAUUUCAUGGAUAAAUAUAUAAAUAUUAACACUAAAAUCCAUUUUCCUUUUAGACACUGUACUUCCCCAAGGAAUCCAUGUCUACAAAUUCAGCUUAAAGAUUCCACAAGGAAGCAUGCCUUCAUCGUUCAAGGGACCUCAUGGAAAUAUUGUCUACAAGCUGGAAGCCAAGUUGUCCAGGAGUUGGAAGAUGGACCAAUCAGUGGAACAGAAAAUACUGUUUGUCUCCAGAUGUUAUCCCAACCUUCAUUCUCUGAUGUUGCCCCAAAUUGGUGCAACAAAGAAAGAGAUGGGACUUUUCUCCAAAGGACAAGCAGACAUGGAAGUCUCGAUUGACAGGAUGGCCUACGCCCCAGGUGAAACUAUCAAAGUUUUGGCCAAAAUCAACAAUUCCUCGUCCAGUGAGAUGACACCCAAAUUCCGUUUGGGCAAGAAGGUGAUCUACCGUGCCCGCGGUAGUACAACACACGAGAAGUUCACUAUCAUCAAAGUGGUCGAAAACCGUAUUAAAGCCCAUACAGAGCUGGAAGUCAGGUGUAGAAUGAAGAUUCCUCUCGCAGACACUAUCCAGAAUUGUGACAUCCUCUCAGUGGAAUAUCAUUUAAAGGUGUAUCUGGACAUCAGCUUUGCCUUCGAUCCAGAGGUCCUCUUCCCAGUGGUCGUUGUUCCUUUAGGCUUUGCUCCUGUCCCUCAGCCUGGUGUGGAUGCAGGUCCUUACCCAGCGGGAGCUGUUGGGGGCCCAAGCAACAGCGACAUUCCUCCCCCUGUAGUGUCCAGGCAUCCUUAUCCUGUCUCCCCAUCCUCAGGCAGGUCUGGAAACCCAGGAGCCCCAAUGUAUUCAGCACCACCACCACCACCACCUGUGUACCCAGGUAACCCAAUGGUGUUUCCUUGUCCACCAAGUGUCUACCCUGCUCAGCCUGCACAUGUGAGUGGGGCCUACAACAACCAAGUGCCUGAGAUACCUUUUCCGUAUGGAACUCCAUUUUCAUCUUCUGUGAUUCACCCUCCGCCAGCUGCCCCAACAUUUCAAACACCCCCAGCUGCCCCAGCGAUCCACCCAGCCCCAUCUCUCCCAGCGAACAACCCAACCCCAUCUCUCCCAGCGAUCAACCCACCCCCUUCUUUUUCACCCUUCAAUGUAUCCCCAACGGCUCCAUCGUACAACCUGAUGAACACAGACUUCCUGGGUCAAUCGGAUGAAGCUCCUCCAGCAUAUACACUCCUUUUCCCCUCCACUGCUACUGACAAAUCAGAUGCAAAAUAAUAGUAUGAUUGCUCGAUGACUGGAAUGGUUUAUUAAUCAUGAUGUAAAAAAACUAAUAGUUAAAAGUUUUAAUCAUGUCAUGUCCGGUCAUGUCUUUAUUUUUGUUGUUGAUUUCUAAGCAUGAAUGUGAGAUUGAAAAGGCAUUGUGUGUAUUAACUUUUUGCAUGUAAAAAAGUAUACCCAAAAUAUCACUUGUGCAUUGUAUGUGAUGGUUGUGUGAUGGUCAAUUCAGAAUGAUCAUUAGUGUUGCCAGCUGCUAACAUAAAAAAAAUAUAGGCCUGAAUGUUCUUUGUAUUUUACAAUCUGUCAAUUUUAUUCCAGAAAUUUUUUUUUCUAAUAAAUAUCCAAUUCUUUGCAAACCUGAUUUGUAAUACUC